AUGUCUCAACCACCGGAUCGUCGUCUCACCUACUUUACCCAACAUCAACGAGUCGCCGAAUGGUUACAAAGUAUAACCCGCCCGGAUGGAAUGCAAUUUCUGGAUAUGGAUGGAGACAGUUUGUUGGUGUUCAUGAAGAGAUUGGAUCGGAAGACCAGAUCAAACUUGGAACAAUCCUGUAAAAUCCUGCUCUCCCUGUCUCGAAGUGAGCAACCCCACGUACAACAACUACUCCUCCACUUCACGACCACUUGGAAUCAUGACCAAUUCACAGAGAUCACUGCACAAUUCUCACCGGAACACACUUUCCAUGCAGUUUUUUUGAACAAGAAGAAAUCACCGAACUUCGUGCAUGGAGGAUGGUCGAGUGACCGAAUGAAGAACAUCACUUCUGGAACAUUUCCGACGGAGAAGUUGAGAUUGAAUGCCACUUUUGUGAGCAGAACGUCAAAGUAUAUCGAGUAUUGGUUGAAGAACUUUCAAAUUGACACGUUGAAAAUUAAAGUGGAGAACUUGAUACCUGGCAAGGAGAAUGAUAUUCAGCAGAUGAACUACAUCGGUCCCAUCCCGGGUCUCCGCCUCAAAAAGCUCAUAAUCCACGGCUCCAACAACAUCCGAUUCAUCAAUAACUGGCUGAGCAACCUGAUUCCCAAUAUAGUCGAUCCAUCGGAACCAUCGAGAAAGACUAUCGACGUGGAGUUCAUCGACGUGGCGAAGUUGGAUCAGAUAUUCCAUCAUCCAGUGAUGACAUCUGGAAAAGUGAAUCUGACAUUUCAUCGAGUCAACACACAUUUCACACGGAAAACCCUAAAUUAUAUCAACUCGCCACGUGUCAAUAUUACAGUAAGACAAGUCCCAUCGGAUACGGUAAACGUGUUUCUAAAGCGUUGGAUACGUGGAGAGAUGGUCGAAGACUUCCAGUAUCUUCAUAUCACUGAAACGACACAAUGGCCACGACAGGAGAUUCAGUUAAGAGACGCGUUCAAGGGGAUACGGUAUCAGAAGGUCGAUUUGAACACUGAUGUUCCGUUACGAAUCCUGCAAAUUCACAAUGACGACAAAAUCGAGAAAGAGGAUUCUUCCAUCAAUACCUCGACAUCUUCAUCCCCCUCCUCCCCGACGCCUUCCUCAUCGUCGUCAUCUCACCAGUCUCGUCACCUCCAAAUCUACCAAAUCACAGGUCCCCGUCCCGCGUUCUGUGUCCACUCUCACAAUCAAUUCAUAUUCGAAGUUCCCACCUCGGAGCAGAUUCAGAUGCUCAACGUCAGUCCGCCCAUGAUUCAGAAUACGUUCAACGAGUACGAGCGACAGAAGAAUCGUAUUUAUAUGGAGUUGUUCAGGAAACGGUUGAUACGACUUUUUAAUUGA